AUGCCCUCGAGCCUGACAUCAGCAAGUACCACUAUUCACGUACCUACAACAUCGACUAUAACAACAACAUCUUGCGACGAAAAUAAGUGUACUACCUCAGCAAUUGAGACCGGUAUCACUAUUAUAACUACCACUAACAAAUCGGGAACUACCAGCUAUACAACUUACUGUCCUUUGACUACAGAAUCCAAAUCCAAUGCCGAGCUGUCAACAAUAGAAUGGAACUGGAAUCAGUCCUCUUCUGAAUCUUCAUACUAUACUGAAUCUGUAUCUGAAACUCCAAAACCUCAUUCAAGUUAUGAAACUUUCGAAACUCUUACUACUAGUCCCCAAUCAUCUUCUGUUGAAUACACUUCAGUGCAAGAAACUUCAAUUUCUUCUGAUAUCGAAGCAGAAACUGAAAAUCAUAUAGGAUCAGUAUUAUCAACAUCCAGUACUAAUACCAAAGAUAUCACGAUUACAUUGACGAAAGAAAUUACCUCCACAUCAUGUACCGAUCAACACUGUUCAACAACAGUAUUGUCUACUGUUGUGACCUCAACCUCCUCCUUUAUAUUGCCUUCAUCAACUCUUAACUCUUACUCGCAUCCUUCGUCUAUUGCAAUCGAAUCAAGCUAUGAAGGUUUGGCUUGGAGUGGAAAACCAAUAUCUACUUUCAAUGUAAUAUUACCACUCACAUUUGCCAUUUUAUCUUUAUUCUAG